CAGAGCUCAAGCCAUUGCCUUGUGCUCAUCCGAAAAUCGACUCCCUCAUGGCAUUCAGCUUGACCCUUCUAAUCGUCAGCGCCCACUUUGCUUUCUCUCCACUUGCUAUUCAAUCUCUGUCUUCCACCUGUCCUUGCUUUCUCCUAUCAACAAAGCUUCAUCGCUCUCGAAUCUCAAUAUCCGUACCCAACAUCCGAAGAUGUCCUCGGAUAUGGAUAAAGUCAAGCAAUGUGAGGCUGUCAUCGGCUACGAGUUCGCCAACAAGGCCUUUGGCCUCGAAGCGCUAUACAACUUUCCAGGCUAUCGCCGAGAGCCAGGCGCCGAUGCCAAAAAGAACGAUGCUCUUGCAAUCUUUGGCGAGGUUGUACUUCUCCAAAAUUUGUGCCAGGAGUGGUACAGAUUGAAUCUAUCAAUAGUCGAAUGGACUACAAUUCGACAAGAGGUGGUGAAUAAUGAGUAUCUGGCCAAAGUCGGAAACAAUAAUGGUCUCGAUAAAUGCAUCAUUCUGAAUUCCGGGGCGACGAGUGUGUCCGAUAAGACUAUGGCCACAUUUGUCAAAGCUCUUUUCGGUGCAGUCAAACUAGAUGGUGGGGAUGCCGCCGUUGCAGGGGUGGUCCGCCAGCUCAAGCUGCGAUAUGAACUGUUGGCAUGUUGA